UCGUGAAACCACUAUCACUUUUAAAAUUGCCUUGGCACAAGCUGUGUGUCGUUUUCUUAAAACUCUUUCAAAGUUCAGUCAAAUAUUUCAGUAAUGAAACUAACAAUAAAAUUCUUAAUUUUGUUAGGCAUUUGGUCAGCGGCAUAUUCUUCUUCUUGUUCACAUUGGAAGAAACGGAUGCAAAAAUAUGGCGCUCUUGUCAAUUGUGAAUACUACAUAACAUCCGAAGACACAUACACUGACUAUUUUCCACUCGAUGAUGUUGCCAAAAUGAACAGCAAUGGCACGCGUCAAAUUAGAUUUUUUGUACUCUCACAAUCAAUGAUUAAAUUUAAAUUAAGUACAAAUGAUACAAUCAAUAUUGUUAAUGACAAUAGAGGCAAUGGAUUUGAUUACAGAACAACAACAACAACGGAGAAUAAUAACUAUUACAACAGAAGAGGAAUAUAUAGAAACCUUCAUGUAUCAACCUACGUAUCAUCAGACUACGAAUUCGUGAUUGGAGAAGGUACUAACGGAUACACGGAAUCGUAUAUUCAACAAAAUGAUGAGCGGUUAAAAUCUUUAGUCACACCAGGAAUUAUUAGAGAUAACGAACCAAAUGAAGUUCUGAUUGAAAUCGAUGCAGAUGGGACGAUACGUACAACUAUCAACGAAAAUACUACAAUUGAAAAGAAGGUUUAUGACCUAGAUAAACUGAACUACAUCAGUUUCUGUUCAGUAACAAACAAGGUUUUGGCUGAAUUCUUUUAUAAUUGCAAUUUAAAUUAAGACUGAUCGAUGUAAUGCAUUUUUUGUGGUUUUGAUAAGUUUACACAUUUUUUUUGCAAUUUUAUGUUUU